AUGAUGGACAUAAACAAGACACAGGUGACUCAGUUUGUUCUCACAGGACUCACAGAUAGUCCUGGACUGCAGGUUCCUCUGUUCCUGGUGUUCUUGGGCAUCUACCUCAUCACCAUGGUGGGCAACCUUGGACUGAUUUUUCUCAUCUGGAAGGACCCCCAACUUCACACCCCCAUGUACUUCUUCCUUGGAAGUUUAGCUUUUGCAGAUGCUUGUUCUUCAUCAUCUGUGACUCCAAAAAUGCUAGUUAAUUUUUUAUCAAAGAAUCACAUAAUAUCACUUGCAGAGUGCAUCACCCAAUUUUAUUUUUUUGCCUCCAGUGCAAACACAGAAUGCUUCCUUUUGGUAGUGAUGGCCUAUGACCGCUAUGUGGCCAUAUGUAACCCCCUGCUUUAUCCAGCAGUAAUGUCUAAUAUUGUCAGUAUUCAAUUAUUAGGUGUUUCAUAUAUCAUUGGGUUUCUUCAUCCCAUGAUGCAUGUGGGUUUGUUAUUUAGAUUAACUUUCUGCAAGUCCAAUGUAAUACAUUAUUUCUAUUGUGAAGUUUUACAACUGUUUAAGAUUUCCUGUACUGACCCUACAAUUAACAUGCUCCUGAUUUUUAUAUUUUCAGUCUUUAUCCAGUCUUUCACCUUUGUGACUAUCAUCAUUUCUUAUUCUUAUGUCCUCUAUGCCAUCUUGAAAAAGAAGUCUGAAAAGGGCAGAAGCAAAGCUUUCUCCACUUGCAGUGCCCAUCUGCUGUCUGUCUCUUUGUUCUAUGGUACUCUCUUCAUCAUGUAUGUGCGUCCUGGGUCUGGACCAGCUGAAAAUCAGGAUAAAAUGUAUUCUCUAUUUUACACAAUCAUAAUCCCCCUACUAAAUCCUUUUAUUUAUAGUCUGAGGAACAAAGAAGUUAUAGGUGCCUUGAGAAGAAUAAUAAGUAAGUAA